AUGGCGAUAGAAGAAGAGGCAGAUGGGAGGCCGUGGUACCAAGAUAUCAUGACAUAUCUACAAAAGAGAAAAUUCCCUAAGGGAAGUGAAUCGGUUGAUAGAAAAUAUUUGAUGAAGCUCUCAUCAAAGUUUUUCCUCAAUGGCAAUGCAUUGUAUAAGAGAUCAUUUGAUUCAGUCCUUUUGAGAUGUGUCGAUGCCAAGGAAGCUAAUCGGCUGAUGAGUGAAAUUCAUGAGGGAGAAUGUGGUCCCCAUAUGAAUGGAUACUUGCUUAGUAAAAAGAUCAUGAGAGUUUAUAGUGACAAGAUCAUCGCUCCGCCCAAUGAGUUACACCGGAUAUCCGAAGCAUGGCCUUUCUCUAUGUGGGGAAUAGACGUGAUUGGUCCGAUCAAUCCUCAAACAUCGAACGGGCAUCGUUUCAUUCUAGUAGCUAUCGAUUACUUUUCAAAGUGGAUUGAAGCUAAUUCCUAUGCUAAUGUCACUCCAAGAACCGUAGCCAAAUUUGUGGGUCGUGAUAUCAUUGCUCGAUACGGAACUCCGGAGGCUAUAAUCACGGAUAAUGGCACAAAUCUAAACAACAAGCUGGUUGACGAGGUAUUUGAGGAAUUUCAGAUAAGUCAUUUGAAUUCUUCUCCGUAUCACCCACAAAUGAAUGGGGCAAGCGAGGCAGCAAACAAGAAUAUCAAGAAGAUUCUAUCGAAGACAAGUGAGAAUUACCGUGAUUGGCAUGAGAGGCUUCCUUAUGCAUUGAUGGCAUAUCGUACAUCAAUUCGUACCUCGACCGGGGCAACUCCUUUCUCAUUGAUGUAUGGUGCAGAAGCAAUUCUACCUGUUGAGGUCGAGAUUCCUUCGCUAAGAGUUCUCUCACAAGCUUAUCAGAAGCAAGUGGCAAAAUCGUUCAAUUGUAAAGUUCGCCCCAGGCUUUUCGAGAUCGACGACCUAGUGUUAAAGAAGAGGCUGUUAUUUGUACCACACCUGGAAGGCAAGUUCACUCCGAAUUAUGAAGGGCCAUAUGUGGUUAAGAAGGUUCUCCCUGGUAGUGCUCUGAUUUUAGCUGAAAUGGACGGUCAAGUAUGGCCAAGCCCUAUAAAUGUUGAUGCUGUGAAAAAGUAUUUCGCAUGA